UUUAGUUAUUUCAUCCAUAAAUUAACUAGCAACUUUGUAUUUGUAAAAACUUGAUAAUUAUUUUUUUUUUUUAAAGCACUUCUUCUAUUAAUGACUUUUUUCAAAGAUUACAUGCAAUUCGCAUUUUUGUAAUGUAAAAACAUACGAAUGAAUACGAGCAUAAUGAUAACUAACAAUGCUGAGGUAAAGUUGUUAAUUUCGAUAUUGUAAAUUUUUAUACAACUCAAAGAUAUGAACAAUAUACAAUGGCAGAGAAAUUUCGAUCGUUAAUUAAAGUAUUAAGUAACGAGGUAAAUAAACAUCAAUUGUUCAAUGAUGCAACUGCAAGAAUUAGUAGCAUCACUGGAAAAGCACAGGAAAAAUUAAACAAUAUACAAAGUGCUGUGACCUCAAAGUAUGAUGUUCUUGCAAAGCAAAUCAACAAUGACUUAACAUUAAUUCAAAAUGUGAAUGCAUCACAAUUGACACCAAGUCCAUUACCAAAGAAAGUCGUUAUAUGGUGGCAAUGGUAUCAACAAUUAACAGGUUUAGACAAAGUUGAAAUAGCUAGGCAACAAGUGAUUUUUGCACAAGACAAGCUGUUCAAAUGUCAGGAUGAGAGAAGACAGUUGAAUCGCGAAGCAAUCAUAAUUAACGAUAAGCUGAAGGAAAUAUACUCAGAGCUUAUCCGAAUUAAAAGAGAUGAUCCAAAGUAUGUUCAACUGACAAUAGUAGAAAAUAAAAGUCUCCAAGAUCAGACAAGAAUCGUGUCGCAGCUUAAUUUGUUAGAGAAGGAGGAAAAGGAUCACUUCACGUUGUUAGCAACUGCUAUUAAGGAGUAUCACGAUAGUCAAACAACAAGUGCUCAGAAUUAUAAAUAUUUAUCUAUUAUAGCAUCUGCUGUAUUAGCUAUUAUAUCACUGACAGGGUCAAUAAUAUAUAACAAUAGACGAGUAGCUAAUAUACAAAAUGUUUUAUCCGAAGCGCAACAAAAGAAUGAAAAUGUGCUCAGAAGUAAUUUGCUAUCAUUAGAAAAUAGUUUGAAUUCAAUUCGUAAGGUAAUAGAAAAGAAUGACGAACCAAAAGUAGUUUUAGUGAAUAAAGAAUUAACAGAAUUGCAAACGGCUUGUGUUAUAUUUGGAGCAUGUGUUGCUGGCAUAUACAUAUUGAGGUCAAUAAUUGGUUGAAGAUCACCAUGCAAUUCGUAAUAAUGAAUGACUAAAAAAUUAAUAAUAUCAUUUUAUUUGGAAUCAUCUUUUAGUAACAGGCAUUUAAUUAUUUGUAAAUGUUUUAUAAAUAAAUGUACAAUACAUGUAUAUAUUUUAUUAGACAAUGAAAUAAAGAAUGCAUUGAUACAUGUAUCUAACUGGAGAUGUGUUUGUCAUUGUAUAAUUUAGCUGAAUUAUAUCUUAUAAUAAGAAACACAGAGAUUAUAAUAUCUUCAGAAAAAUACACACAUAUAUUUGACAAACUGGACAAAUACAAUUGUUUUACUAAUUUUAUUUUUAAUAAAUCAUCAAUGAUCUGUUAAUAAUUUUCAUAAA